UUGUUUAGGCGUAGAUCUUUUAAAAGUCACACCUCAUUGUCAAAAUGGCCGGUGAUACUACUUGUGUUUCGUUCGGUGACUAUUUAUGGAUUCCAUCUUUGAUACGUAGAGUUCGUGAAAGCAAGAAAGGAAUCUCUAUUUUCUGCGGUCCUUAUCAGCGUUCACGUGCGAGCCGUUAAAAUAGACUCAUGAGAAGUGGUACGCUUACGGCGUAACAUCGUUUUGUGCGCGGUAUGGCCUCAGUAUGUCUUGCAUUGGGACAUUCUGAUGAAGAUGCGGCACAGCGGAGAGAUAAAGAAAGGAAUUGUUUGAUAACUGUUUUCAGUUCACACCAAAAUCUUGACGAAGAGACGAAACAUAGCAUAUUAUUAACGAGAAUAGGCAGUUUCCAAAAGGGCGUCAUAGACAUUUUUGUUAUCUGUUACAUCCAGUUUCAAAACAGUAUAAGAAAACAAGAACGUGUUUACUUUUGGUGAGUCAAGUUGAAUUCCAAGAAGAAUUUGAGGGCAUUUAAAUUGCUAUUGUUUUUGGUUUAUUUUUGUAAAACAACAUGGAUUAUACGAAAACUUUGGAGGAAUUUAAAUUCACUUUGCUUUCAGUUCAGUGUUGUUUGUAGGUUUGUUUUUCGUGUUGUUGUUUUUUGUUUACAACUAAUAUUUACAAUACAUUCGCGUAUGUGCAGUUUAAUUAUACAGAAUAUAAAAAAAAAACCCUUUAAAAACAUGAAAAUUCACAGAAAACUGUGCUCUUGUUAUUGUUUGUGUCAUUUCGUAUGCGGAUUUCUAUUGGGUGCAUAUCUGGUGAAUAGACUGGCACUUCUUUUCUUCAAACGGAACGUCCACUCCUGUUUCAAACCACACCCGCGGCAAACCAACCUGUUCGUAAAAGACAUACCGCUCCUGAACACAAACAACGAAUCCUUCAUUCUGAUCGGAGUCAUGACAACGAGACAGAAUCUUGCAACCCGCGCAGCCGCCAUUAGUCGCACGUGGGGAAAACUAGUUCCGGGAAAGAUCAUUUUCUUUGUUGGAAAAGGUAAAAAAUACAACGGAAACCUUCCUGUCGUCGUCUUAAACGAAGCUUCGGACAAUAUCUACCCUCCACAGGGGAAGUCUUUCAUGAUGAUCAAACACAUACACGAUAAUUACCUCGACACGUUUGAGUGGUUCAUACGAGCAGACGACGACCUAUUCGUGAAGAUCAAAGAUCUCGAGGUGUUCCUACGCUCUGUAAAUAGUUCUAGACGACUUUACAUCGGCCAGCCUGGUCUAGGCAUUCCGACGGAAAGAGGGAAGCUGGGACUGAGGGACGAGAGCUCGUUCUACUGUCUCGGCGGCCCGGGGGUGGUGUUGUCGAGAGAGACGUUGCGACUCGUAGUGCUGAGUAUGUCGACGUGUCGGAACAGUACCUUCACGGCACACGAGGACACUGAACUCGGGCGCUGUGUACACCGGCGGGCAGGCGUCUCUUGUACGUCCGCGUACGAGUUUAUACAACUCUUCUACCAAAACUACAACAACAAAAAUGGGUCAUUCGAAGGGAAGCUCGAUCACAGAUUGACGCAUGCGCUAACCUUACAUCCGGUUAAGAAUUCGGAGCACGUGUACCGGAUCCACAACCAUUUUAGCACCCAAACUGUAGCCCAGCUUACAAAGAAGAUAUCUCACUUAGAGCGAACCCUGUAUAACACGAACAGCGAGCUGCGUGCGUUAUCCGUGGGAGCUGACGGCGAAAGAGUUAACAUCAGCACAUCGGAGAAUGACGGGUAUGAGGAACCUGACGAGUGGAAUUUCAUUCGAUCUGGACUCGUCUUCACGCGUAUCAACCCUUACCAGCUUCCCUUUGAGAACAUACGGACGAGAGGCAGACAUCUUGGAUUCGCUAUCUCAGUGUUAGCGCUAGGCCGUAUGAGAUCAAAACAAGACAUGCCCGUCUUUUCUUACCAAAGCGUGAGCGUCCGAACGGGUUUGGAACACAUUCACGUCAUGGGAAAUAAAAACUCGUUGUUGAGACCGUACGUCACUAUACGGCGUUUUCAGUCGACGGAGAUAGCCGAAGUGCCAACGGAAUGUAACGACCGAGACCGUGUUAUCUACAUGCUGUUACCGCUAUAUCAACGACCAAAGACGUUUGGAGAUUUCCUAAAAUCUUUAGCUGUUGCUAUUUCUGGCUAUGGCGGUGUUAUCUUUCUCAGAGUUGUGAUAUACAGAGAUAGCUAUAAUGAAUAUCUAUUAUCUCACAGUUAUAUUAAAGCUUUCAGUAACAUUACUAAGACCCUCAUAAUUGAGGCCUUCCCAAUGGUUGGUCAGUUCUCUCGAGCCAAGGCGUUGAAGAGAGGGUUGGAAGGUUUGUCGUCCGACAGCUUAGUGGUUGCCAUGGAUGUAGACAUGCGCUUUACCGCUGAUUUCUUACACCGGGUUUCUCUCAACACCGAGCUAGGAAAACAGGUGUAUUUCCCUAUUUACAUCACCCAGUAUGAUCCAUAUAUAGUUUGUUACGGUAAACCAGAGUGUCGUGUUAACAAAACGAUUUUUCACUUCGGCCAUCAAUAUGGCACCUGGCGCCAUUUUAGUUACGGAAUUGUUGGCGUGUAUAAAGGUGACGUCACAAAGGUGGGCGGGUUUAAUAUUCUGAUAGAAGGGUGGGGUAAAGAAGACACGGAUUUUCUGGCAAAGUGUAUCAAAUAUGGAUUAACGGUGUUUCGGUCUAUCGAUUCCGGAUUAAUGCAUAUACAUCAUACCAGGGUGUGUGACGUUAAUCUACCACGUGACCAAUUCAAAAUGUGCCUCGAAUCCCGGGCGGCGAUUUAUGGGUCUCAAUUUGAUUUAUCAAAUAUUGUAUUCAAUAUUUCCGAUAUAAAAUGAUUAUGUUGA